CCGUAAGCAACCACAUACACCCCGAACCCAUAACCACGGCCUCGGGUGAUCUCCGGCCAAGAUGAACUUCUACAUGGAGGCCGCAAAGGUCCUCAAAGACCUCGACGCAAGGAAAGGCUCCAUCAAGUCGUUGACGCUGUCUAAUUCGAAGCUCGCCGAUCCGAAACGGACGUACGCCCUCCUUCUCGAGACUCUCAAAUACAGGGAUGUGUUGACCGACGUUAUCUCCCGCUCAAAGCUCUACGACUUGGAGAGGAAGUUGGGAAAGGAGAAGGAGUUGGUGGUGUUGCUCGUUCAUGACCUUCUGUGUACGAAAAAGGGUAUCACGACUGGAAAGGGACCGAUCAAGGAUGCGGUGAUGCGGAAUAAAGCACGAUUGAAUGCAGAGUUUGUGAAGGCGAAGGUGAGGCUCGGCGUCAAGGAUAUCACGGCAUUGGCGAAGAAGGAGGAUGUCUUCCUGCCGCGGUGGGUGCGUGUUAACACGCUUCUGGCGCAACUGGAUAAAAUUAUGGCGGAGUUCAAGAAGACGCAUACGCAAGUGCAGAUGCUUACGGAUUUGUCGCCUCCAUUUGCGGAUCCUGCGAGACCACCGUUCUAUAUCGACCCGCAUGUGCCGUCACUUCUCGCUUUCCCUCCCGCUACGGAUUUCUCGCAGCAUCCGCUGUACGUGAAUCACACCCUUAUCCUACAAGAUAAGGCUUCUUGCUUCCCAGCUGCGAUUCUGAAUCCGCCGCCAGGGGAGGUCUGUAUCGACGCUUGUGCCGCACCCGGAAACAAGACGACGCAUUUGGCUGCUGUGAUGGAGGGUAAAGGGACGAUCUUUGCGUUCGAGAGAGAUGAGCGCCGGUAUGGGAUCUUGAGUCGACGAACGAAGGAAGCUGGUGCGGAUAAAGUCAUCGAAACCGUGCUUGGUGAUUUCACACAAGUCAAGCCAAUGGAUCCGAAAUACAAGGACGUAACGCACAUCCUCCUCGACCCCUCCUGCUCGGGCUCAGGAAUCGUGAAUCGUCUUGAUUACCUCUUAGACAACAAAGCUGCCGCCACGGAAGAGGAGGAAGCGGAGGAGAAGGUGAAGGAUGACGAGCGUCUUGCGUCUUUGGCGGAUUUCCAGAAUACGCUUGUUCAGCAUGCUAUGGCGUUUCCUAAAGCCGGGAGGAUUACGUAUUCUACGUGCUCGAUUCAUGCGAUUGAGAAUGAGCAUGUCGUGCUGAGGAUCCUUGCGUCGAAAGUUGCGAAGCAGAGGCAAUGGAGGGUUGCGAAGCGUGCGCACUGUCUUCCCACUUGGGAUAGCAGAAGUAUCCCGGAAGAAGCAGGUGGAGACGUUGACAUUGCAGAAGGAGCUGUGAGAUGUACGCCAGGAAAGGACGGAACCAUUGGGUUCUUUGUGUGUUUGUUCGAACGCGAUGAUGAGGCAAGUACAGGGAAGAAGAGACAAGCGGAAGAGGAGGGAGAAGACGAGAACGAGGAUGAAGAUGACGAUAUUGAGGAGCAGACUGAAGACGCAGAUGAUGGAGUAGCCAAACCCAAAAAGAAGAAGAACAAGAAGAAGAAGAAGAAGAAGCGAAAGACCGCGGCCAGCGCGGAUGCUUCGGCUGCUCCAGCGUCAUAGUAGCAUAGCAUGGCCUCAAUAACAUCCUUGAUAUAUCAUACCAUCCAAUCACGUCCGACCAAGCUUGAUCUCGAGUGGUAUGAUCUGCUUCACCGUCAACUUUCUCCUGCAUACCGGACACUUCCCCCCACUCCCUGCCGUCGUCUGAAUCGCUGACCGAAUACACAAAUCGCAGAACAAAUGCCCACACGGCGUUGCAGCGAGAUCAGUCGGCGACUCCA